AGUGUAUUAUAAGUUAGUGCAUGAGAGAAACGCGACGAAUAGAAAAACGUGUUCUGUGUUCUUCCUUCUUCUUCUUCUUCGUUUCUUCUCAAAAUAAAAAUGGCGGAAGAAUUAGAAACUUCGCUUAUUAAUAAGAAAGAUUACUACGAGAAUUGUCCGGGUUGUAAAGUAGAUCUACAUAAAGCGGGUCAAACGGGUUUACCCAUUAAGGAGCUCUUCACUGUAUGGGUUGUCAUCCUUAGCGCAGCACUUCCAAUAUCAUCUCUCUUUCCAUUUGUUUAUUUCAUGAUAAGGGACUUUCACAUUGCAAAGAGAGAGGAAGAUAUUAGUACAUAUGCAGGUUAUGUAGGUUCUGCAUUUAUGCUUGGAAGAGCUUUGACAUCUGUCUUAUGGGGAACAGUGGCUGAUCGAUAUGGACGAAAACCAGUUAUAGUUUUUGGCACUUUUGUAGUGGUUAUUUUCAAUACUCUCUUUGGUCUUAGUGUUAACUUUUGGAUGGCAGUUAUUACACGAUUUCUUCUCGGUUUCUUAAAUGGUUUGAUGGGACCAAUAAGGGCAUAUGCUGCAGAAAUUUUUCGUGAAGAAUAUCAAGCAAUGGGAAUGUCAACGAUUAGUAGUGCCUGGGGUAUUGGAUUGAUUAUUGGCCCAGCUAUAGGAGGCUUCUUUGCUCAGCCUGCAGAGAAAUAUCCGGCUACAUUCUCAAAGGAUUCUAUAUUUGGGAGAUUUCCCUACUUCUUGCCUUGCUUAUGCAUAUCACUGUUUUCCUUGGUCGUGGGUAUUGCUUCAAUUUGGCUGCCGGAAACAUUACACAAUCAUGAUACAAGAACGCCGCCUCAAAAUUCAUACAAGGCUCUGGAGGCUGCAUCUGAUACAAAAGAAGGAAACAAAUCAACCCCCACAAAAAGCCUUUUCAAGAACUGGCCAUUGAUGUCGGCUAUCAUCUUAUACUGUGUCUUUGCUCUUCAUGAUAUGGCUUACUCAGAGAUAUUCUCAUUAUGGGCUGUAACCCCCAGAAAGUUUGGAGGCUUAAAUUACUCAACUGUUGAUGUUGGUGAAGUACUAUCAAUCUCGGGAUGCGGCCUUCUAGUCUUUCAACUAACUCUGUAUCCAUUGGUUGAGAGGUAUUUUGGUCCUAUUGUCAUUGCUCGAAUUGCAGGGGUUUUGUCAAUUCCCUUGUUGGCGUGUUACCCUUAUAUUGCUAUGCUCUCUGGGACUGCUCUCUCUCUGGCGAUAAAUUUUGCAUCCUUGUUGAAGAAUGCUUUAUCUAUCUGUAUCAUAACAGGGUUGUUCAUAUUGCAAAACAAAUCAGUGGACCAACGACAACGUGGAGCUGCUAAUGGACUAGCCCUGACAUCUCAGUCAUUUUUCAAAGCUAUAGGUCCAGCAGGGGCAGGAUUACUCUUUUCUUGGGCACAAAAAAGGCUUGACGCUCCCAUUCUUCCAGGUUCUCAAGUAGUAUUCUUUGUGCUUAAUGUGAUUGAAGCAAUUGGUGUGUUGCUGACAUUCAAACCAUUCCUUGUUGAAACACAAAAUACCAAUUAAUCAGACAAGAACUUAUGAUCGUGCUAGGGAGCGCUCUACCCUAUAAUAUGAACUUCCUGACACAAAUCCGAAUUUAGUCGGGCUGCUGAAUGAGUAUCCGACACAAGGUGGAAAUUAAAAAAAAAAAACUAUGUAUCUGAAUGAUUCAUUUUUUUCUGCUAGCAAUUAUUUUUAGGUUAGAGGUUAUUUUUUUUAUGUUUGUAUGGGAUGUAAAACUUCAUUCAUACCCAAAAGUUCUAAUGUAGUACAUCAAUGAAAUGAAAAUUUUGCAUAUUUGAUAA